AUGACGAUCUCUGAAGAGUUCAGAUCGAGAAAUUUCAGUGAGUUGGGAGCAAUCAAUUGCAUGGUUGGACAUCGGCUGACUGAAGCUUUCCUCAGGUAUCUACGGACAAUGGUACGCCAAUUGAUGCGAUGAGAUAUCAUGAGCUCUCUGACAUUGUGUGCAGGACCGGUGUACUCUGCGUGGUCCUCUGCUUUGCAUUGGGCAUCGCGAACAUCUUUACUGCCGUUCUGAUCAUCCCCUUUAGCAUCAUCUGCCUGUACGGACAUUCCUCCCAAUCGCUACCUGGGCAGUUGUCUGUAUGCUGACUGGUACAGUGUCUGCUCCUUCAUCAUCCUCUUCAUCGAGAUUCCGCUUCUCUUGCGCAUUUGUCCGACCUCGCCGAAGUUCGAUCAAUUCAUUCGCCGAUUCGAGACCAAUUACAUGCGCGCUGCCAUCUACGCUGUCAUGUCCAUCGUGCAGUGGCUCUCCCUCAUCGUGCAGGCCUGCUCAUUGAUCGCCGCAGCUGUGGUACUGCUCUUUGCAGCGCUCUUCUACGCGCUGGCCGGUUUCAAGGGACAAGAGUUUCAGAGCAGUAAGACGUUGGGAGGCCAGGGUGUUGCACAGAUGAUUGUCUAG